UGAGAAAAUGGAGAUAAAAUUAUAGGAGGCACAUGUCUUUUGGGUAGGUGCUUGUUGUAGCAGAUGCGAGCGCACCGUACAUCAAAAUCUGCCAAACUUGUGCACAUACCCUCCAAACAAAUUCGUCAACAGGGGCCGUGAUUUCAACGUCUGAAUCAAGAUCCGGCGUAAAACGCCGGAAAGUAUCUGUCAACUGUUCUUUGACUUCCGGAAAAAAAUUUCCCCAAUUUUGUCAACAUUGUUUGACUGAUUCAAGUUUUCAAGUGUUUGUUGUUUUUCGGGGAAGAUCGUGGUUCAAAUUUCGACUAAUCGCGGUUUCAAUUCGAAUACGAGCAUUGCAUGCGCUGCUUCUUUGUCGAUUCUGGAGGCCAUGAAAUCGUUGCGGCUAAAGGUGGCGAUUUUCAUCUGUUUAUUUGCAACUUCUGGUGGGAGAGGGAUGAUGUGGACAACCUGAGCCGCCUACCAAAUAAGGGACUUUCUGAUUGACUACCUGUUGUUCAGUUCUGUUCACAUUAGUCCCAUUCCCUACGUUUUUAAGUAAAUGUCCAUCACAAGGACCAUGUUCCUACCUACAAUCACACUCUUGCCAAAAUAUUAGUGGAGUAUUCUUCAGCGGUUUACAUUUCAAAUCUCACAGAACUAUUUACUUGGACAUGCUCAAGAUGUGAUGACAUGACAAAGGGAUUUGAAAUUAUAGAUCUGAUUGUUGAUGUGAAGCACUGUUUACAGGCAUUUGUUGGGGUGGCACAGGAUCUUAAUGCAAUUGUAAUUGCAUUUAGGGGCACUCAGGAACGCAGCAUACAGAAUUGGAUUGAGGACUUGUUCUGGAAACAACUAGAUCUGAAAUACCCAGGCACGCCUGAUGCUAUGGUGCACCAUGGAUUUUAUUCUGCUUACCAUAACACAACAAUACGACCUGGGGUUCUUCAUGCUGUUAAAAGAGCCAAGAAUUUUUUUGGGGACCUUGACAUCAUGGUGACAGGGCAUUCGAUGGGAGGGGCUAUGGCCUCUUUUUGUGCACUUGAUCUUGUGGUUAAUUAUGGAACACAUAACGUCCAGGUUAUGACAUUCGGACAACCCCGUACAGGCAAUGCAGCUUUUGUAUCUUACUUCAAAAAACAUGUGCCAAAUACAAUUCGUGUCACGCAUGGACAUGAUAUUGUGCCUCAUUUGCCUCCAUACUAUAGUUAUUUUCCACAGAAGACGUACCAACACUUCCCAAGAGAGGUUUGGCUUUACAACAUUGGGUGGGGAAGCCUGGUGUAUACAGUUGAGAAGGUUUGCGAUGGUUCCGGGGAAGAUCCAACUUGUAGCAGAUCUGUUUCUGGGAACAGCAUCACAGAUCACUUGGAGUAUUUUGGUAUCGAGUUACAGGCGGAGACAUGGGAUUCUUGCAGAAUUGUGCUGGAUCAUGAUAUGUCGAGCUAUAGUACAACCGAUCUUAGUGGAAACAUUGUUUUAUCAAGGACUCCUAUCGCUUCAGUUUUAGAGCUCAAUACCCAAAAGCGAAAAGGUGGAAUCUCUGUUUUGUGAUAUUUGGAGGGAUGCAAAAAAGUAGAGCAGGGUUUUCUUGUUCAAAAGAGCUCAUGAAGAUUCUUGCAGUGGGAACUGGGGUCGUCAAAAGAGUCUGUAUAUAAUUGUUGUUAGGCUAUGUACAUUUUCACCCUUCUUUAUCAACAAGAAUCAGAUUUUUGGGUGCAAUUCGUUUUCCAUUUUAUUUAUUUACUGAACUAGUGAAAGUAGUGAUGUGAGAUGAGGUCCACUGUAUUUUGUC